CUUAAAUUACCCCCAGUUUGGCAAAAACCGCAGUCACAAAGAGAUGCACUAUAUCCGUAGGGACCGUUACUAACCACCAAUCGCCCAAAGACAACGCCAAAAUGAACACCAUAGCUAUGUUUGCCGCCCUUGUGGUCAUCUUUUUGGCUUCUCAGUCCGACGCCAGAGAUAUUGUCCCUCGGUCGUUGGGAAACAUUGUGCCUCGAAUUGGUUGUAUCCCGAUUAUGUGCAACCUAUGGUGCGAAACCGGUUAUGAGCACGAUCAUCAUGGAUGCAACAUGUGCAGCUGCCGGCCAGUGAAAACCACUCCGUCGCCGGUGACCUCGCAUACGUGUGAACCGGUGUACUGCCGAAUUUUCUGUCCUAACGGUUUCCGCCGCGAUGCCUACGGAUGUGAGGAGUGCGCAUGUAACCCUGUACGACCAACGUGCCCGCCGGUGAUGUGCCUGAUCGCGUGCCCUAACGGUUUUGCUCAAGGUGAGAACGGGUGCCCGAGAUGCGCGUGCAAUAACGUGCCCCUGCGUCAACAGCAACGCCACUGCCGUAAACUACAAUUAACUACCUGUGGUGACGGAAACCGGCGGACUUGGUUGCAUCCUACUUGAUUCAUGCCGUACAGAUACGCGACGAUUACUCGUACAUGUGACUGAGUGCUACUUUUCCAGCGAUAUUAAACGCAGUUUAGAGCUACCAAAGCUGACAAUGUUUUCUUUUAGGAUAACUAUAAAUACGUUCAGUUCACUUGCCUCUAAACCAAGCUCUCUCUCUUAAUUACUGGCAAAUUGCCAAAAAUGCCUUAACAACGCAAAACCAUCAAAUUCUAAACUGCAAAUAAACAACCUGUCAAGU